UUCUUUAUUGGUUCCCAAUGGAGGGGAGGUACUUCUGAGAACAAGUGGGCACUAGUUCCUGUUCUCCUACGCCAAACAACUGUGCAAUAAACAUACAGGCAGCCAGCCAGGUUUUGUUGAGUGGAGUACAUUUGUCAAGCUUUUGCUCCUACUCUAACAGACACAAAGAGUCCACAAGAGCAGGCACGAUGUCUGUGACCAUAGCCAAGGCUGAUGGGGCCACUGUGCUCACUUUGACCUCUGAUCCCCAAAGCACUUGUCCUCCACUGUGCCAAAUCCUCAAGGGCCUUUGCUACAGCCCCGUGGGCUGUUCUGUGUCUCAGCACUUGAGGAGGAUCCAGAGAACUUCUCAGUCAGUGCUGGGGGCCCUUCAUAUUAUGGUUGGAUUGCUCAACAUCGGCCUUGGAGUGAUCCUUGGUACCAGUGAUGGUGGCUUGUGGUGGAGAUCGGACCGUAGCUAUCCUUAUUGGUUAGGAGGACUGUUCAUAUUAUUUGGUGUCAUGAGCAUUUUGUCUGAGAAGUAUCCCAGUCCAUGUCUGGUCACCCUCAAUGUGAUUCUGAAUCUAGCCGGAGUUGGUUUUGCCAUUACAGCCAUCGUACGCUACAGCAUCAAUAUAGCACAUAUAUACAUAUGGUCGCCAUGUCGUUAUUACGGAUCCUAUACGCAAGCUCCAGAUCUUCGUGAUGACCUCGUAAAGGAGAAAUGCUUGGAGGGCGAAGCACUGACUCUGAUGCUUCUGAGGAGCAUCAAUGCUUUGCUGAUUGUCCUGUCAGUCCUGGAGCUCUGUGUCACCUUCAGCUCUGCUGUGUUGGGGAUCAAGGCUCUGAGGAGCAGUGAGAAGAAAGAAAACAAGAGCACUGAUGACCCAGAAAACUACAAAGCACUGCUGGAGGAAGUCACCAGUAACCAUGCAGUCUAAACAAAAUCUCUGCUUUAAGAUAAUACACUGCUGUAAUCAUGUACAUUCACACUUGACUGUAUGCAGUUAUUUACACAGAUUAUCCUUUUCCUACAAGGGUUGCUUAAAGAAACAUUUGCACUUAUUAAUAUAAUGUAUUUUUGGUAAUAAUCUGCACUAAAUUGCUGCUGUCCAUUUCAUUCUCUGUUUAUGUUUUUAAUUGUCCCUAUUUAUAAGUAUCAUCCUGUUAUUUUACCUGAAAUAGAAUUAAUAUGUGCUGUUAGUCCCGAGUUACUUUAAUGGCAAUAAUAAGUCUUAACCAGUGGUGGAAAUAACUAAGUACACUUAUUCAAGUGCUGAAGUAGAGUUUUGAAUAACCUUCACUACAUUUUCAAUUACUAAUGUAAAUGUGGAACGGGUUGAUUAGAAAUAUGAACUCAAACGUAACAUUUCGAAAUGACUUUCUGACCUUCCUCAUAAGUGCAGUGUUGAUUUUUUUUUUUUUUACGACUGAUGAAGAAGAAUCUGACCUUCCGAGCAGUUGUCAUGGCUACAUAACAUUUUGCAUUGUGGGUCCUAUUGUUCAUAUUUCUCUGGCUGAGCACUCACAGGCACUUGUCAUCAUCAACCUCAGGUUUUUGUGUCUGGUGUCAUAUGUAUUCUGGCUAGGAAUUUCCUGUUUGCUCUUUGGUAAACUGCACAAUCAGUUCAUGUAAAUAUAAUGUACUUCUGACUUUAAUUCUAAAAGACUGCUUAAUAAAAACAGUAAAUCCAAACUUAAAA